GGCAAUGACAUCAGUGCUUUAAACAACUUGUUAUUCGGGAGCAAUCAGCUGCAAUUAGGUAUUAAUUAAGUAUUAUGAAAGUUGAUUAUUUAAGUGAAUUCGGCUUUCGUCUCUCCGACUAUGCUGAAAGAACUAUAUGCACUGACGCAGCCUCAGGAAAACCCGCGAUGGCUGCCAAGCGCAAAGGCGGCCUGAAGCUAAAUGCCAUCUGUGCCAAGCUGAGCCGCCAAGUCGUCUUCGACCACGGGGGAGCUGAGCAGGCACGUGCGGACAAGGGGCCACAGCAGGAGAGCAGCAACAAGGACCUGUCCCAGCCCGGCACCAAGGAGCUGGGGACAGAGUUUUCAGAUGGACUCAGCUGCGUGCAGAAGAUCGAGGAGGACAAAAGGAGGGAGGUGAUCGAGAAGUGGGUGAACGGGGAGUACAAUGAGGAGCCCUUGCUCGGGCGAGCGGAGGGCAAGGAAUGUAAGAGCACCGAGAGCACAGAGGUGCCCCCUGAAGGGGUUUACAUGGUGCAGCCCAAGGGCUGCAGCGACGAGGAAGAUAACGGGGACGAGGCAGACGCUCUGAGGGGCUCCCAGGACGGCAACUUCUUGGAUGACAGGGAUUCAGAUGGGCCAGCCAAGGACGAUGCCUACCGGUCCUCCAGUGGCGAACCAGGCUCCAAGCUGGGGGCAGGAACCACCUCAGGGGAAGCUUCAUCACUGCGGGAUUACGCCGCCACCACCAUGAACGAGUUCCUGGGCAUGUUCGGCUACGACGACCAGAACAUGCGGGACGAGCUGGCGCGCAAGAUCAGCUUCGACAAGCUGAACGCUGCUACCUCAGAGGCCGCCGCCGCCGCCUCCCUGCCCGGCGAAGACGCCAUGAGCAAACGCGCCCGCUUCUCCAAGUACGAGGAGUACAUCCGCAAGCUGAAGGCCGGAGAGCAGCUCUCGUGGCCCAUGCACUUGGCCAAGUCCGAGGAGCUGGGCUCCAAGCUGGGCAAGGAGCCGUCCUCGGUGCUGGCACAGCCCAUCCGCGUGCCGGGCGCAGACGCCUCCAUGCUGACGGAGACCAAAGCCACCAUCCUGCCGCUGCCCUCUGCCAGCAGCUCCCAGAUGCAGGGCCUGAUGUCGCGGGCCUCCAAAUAUGACUUCUUCAUUCAAAAGCUGAAGACGGGUGAGAGCAUCAGGCCACAAAAUGGCAACACUUACAAGAAGGCCUCCAAGUAUGACCUAGAAAACGUCAAGUACUUGCACCUUUUCAAGCCUGGGGAAGGAAGCCCAGAUAUGGGAGGAGCCAUCGCCUUCAAGACAGGCAAGGUAGGCCGGCCUUCCAAGUAUGAUGUGAGGAACAUUCAGAAGCUCACUCCAGUCAAAGCUCCAGUCCCCAGCCUGGCCCCUGCUUCCCUCACCAGUACCCCCAGCAGCACUCCGGUGGCCGGGCCAGAGCAGUCCAUCUCAUUGCCAUUCAACACUCCUGAGUACCUGAAAUCAACUUUCUCCAAGACAGACUCCAUCACAACUGGAACAGUCUCUACAGUAAAGAAUGGAUUACCCACUGACAAACCAGCCGUCAGCGAAGACGUAAAUAUUUACCAGAAGUAUAUUGCCAGGUUCUCUGGCAGCCAGCACUGUGGACACAUACACUGCGCCUACCAGUACCGAGAGCAUUACCACUGCCUGGACCCCGAGUGCAACUACCAGAGAUUCACCAGUAAGCAGGACGUGAUUCGGCAUUACAACAUGCACAAGAAGCGGGACAACUCCCUGCAGCACGGCUUCAUGCGCUUCAGCCCCCUGGACGACUGCAGCGUGUACUACCACGGCUGCCACCUCAACGGCAAGAGCACUCACUACCACUGCAUGCAGGUGGGUUGUAACAAGGUCUAUACAAGCACCUCUGAUGUGAUGACCCACGAGAACUUCCACAAGAAGAACACGCAGCUCAUCAACGACGGCUUCCAGCGGUUCCGUGCCACGGAGGACUGCGGCACCGUGGAAUGCCAGUUCUACGGGCAGAAAACCACUCACUUCCACUGCAGGAGACCUGGGUGUACAUUCACCUUCAAGAACAAGUGUGACAUUGAGAAGCACAAGAGCUACCACAUCAAAGAUGAUGCCUACGCCAAGGAUGGCUUCAAGAAGUUCUACAAGUACGAGGAAUGCAAGUAUGAGGGCUGUGUCUACAGCAAGGCCACCAACCACUUCCACUGCAUAAGGGCAGGCUGUGGUUUCACCUUCACCUCCACCAGCCAGAUGACUUCCCAUAAGCGCAAACACGAGCGCCGGCACAUCCGGAGCUCAGGAGUGCUGGGCCUGCCUGCCUCGCUCCUGGGCUCCAAGGACAACGAGCAAGAGGAGUCCAGCAACGAUGACCUCAUUGACUUCUCCGCCAUGAGCUCCAAGAACUCCAGCCUGAGUGCCUCCCCGACCAGUCAGCAGUCUUCCGUUUCUCUCAUCGUCCCAGCUGCGCCCUCCUCUGCGGCUGAGCUUGCUUCCUCACAGGCCGCCAAGUCUGCCAACAGCAUGACACCAGCCACAAAGAUCUCUGGCCUGCUUUCCCAGGCUCUUCCUAGCAAUAUUCCCUUGGCCCUGGCGCUCUCCAACUCGGCACUUCCUGGAACAGCUGGAUCCUUCUUCCCCAUCAUCCCCAGUCGGGUCUCUACACCGCUUCCUGCCAGCUCGGCUAAUCUGAUGGCUGCUGGUGCUUCUAGCACCAACCCAGCAUCAUCUGCUCCUACAGAUUCCUCAUCCCAGGCAGUUUCAGCAUCUGGUGAGCCAGUGGCUACUUCGUCGCCUGCUCCAGCAGCCUCUAUAAUGGAAAGGAUCUCUGCUAGUAAGGGAUUAAUCUCUCCUAUGAUGGCCAGGCUGGCAGCAGCUGCACUCAAGCCCUCUGUGGCACUUGAAGCAGGUAAUGGCCAGCCAGCACCUCCCGGACGGUUCAAUCCAGUCCAGGUGAAGCAGGAGCCUGCGGAGGCCAUGGGACCCACACCUGCCACCAGUCAGGACCCCUUGCAGGAGCACAGCUUGGACCUGAGUGUCAAGGACCACGGUAAUGAAUCAAAUGGCCACACAGUCUCAGCAAAUUCAUCUCUUUUAUCCUCGCUUAUGAAUAAGAUGUCCAAGACCAGUGCCAGCCUUGGCAACCUGCUGAACAUUAAGACAGAAGGCGAAGGCAGCCAGGCUGGGGCUGGGGAGCCAAGCCAGUACCUGGGCAAGGCAGUGAAGGCUCUUGUCCAGGAGAAGCUCUCUGAGCCAUGGAAGAUGUACCUGCGCCGGUUUGGCACCAAGGAUUUCUGUGAUGCCCAGUGUGACUUCCUGCAUAAGGUGCAUUUCCACUGCGUGGUGGAGGAAUGUGGAGCCCUCUUCAGCACCCUGGAUGGAGCCAUCAAGCACGCCAAUUUUCACUUCCGAACUGAAGGUGGAACUGUGAAAAGCAACUCUGAGUCUCCCUUCUCAACUGCUACUGAGAAUAAGGCUUCACUGGCCCCUUCAUCACCAUCUGCUGCUUCUGCCACCAUGGCCAGUGCUCCUGCCCUUGAGGUGCCCACUCCCAAUCCAGCUGCUAUGCCCUCUGCUCCCACACUACUUGCUUGGAAACAGCUGGCUUCAACCAUACCCCAGAUGCCUCAGAUCCCAGCAUCAGUGCCUAACCUGGCAGCUUCACCCUUGGCAACGACUUCCCUGGAGAAUGCCAAGCCUCAGGUCAAACCUGGAUUUCUUCAGUUCCAGGAGAAUGAUCCCUGCUUGGCAACAGACUGCAAGUACGCCAACAAAUUCCACUUCCACUGUCUCUUUGGGAACUGCAAGUAUGUGUGCAAAACCUCUGGCAAAGCAGAAUCCCACUGCCUGGACCACAUCAACCCCAACAAUAAUCUGGUGAAUGUGCGAGACCAGUUCGCUUACUACUCCCUGCAGUGUCUCUGUCCAAACCAGCACUGUGAGUUCCGCAUGCGAGGCCAUUACCACUGCCUGCGCCCCGGCUGCUUCUUCGUCACCAACAUCACCACCAAGCUGCCCUGGCACGUGAAAAAGCACGAGAAGGCAGAGAGGAGGGCGGCCAACGGCUUCAAGUAUUUCACCAAGCGGGAAGAAUGUGGCAGACUAGGCUGCAAAUACAACCAGGUGAACAGCCACUUCCACUGCAUCCGAGAGGGCUGCCAGUUCUCCUUCCUGCUCAAGCACCAAAUGACAUCCCAUGCCAGGAAGCACAUGAGGAGGAUGCUGGGGAAGAACUUUGAUCGUGUUCCUACUCAGGUUAUUGGCCACACUCCAAGAAAUGAAAAUCUCCCCCAGGUUGGCAGCAUGGCACCCAGCCCAGCCUCAUCAGGAACCCCAGCUUCCUUUCAGGGACCCCCAAGCAUGAUGGACACUGAAACAGAAGAGUACAUGGAUUACACUGGCUGCAGCCCUGGGGGCAUCUCCUCUGAGUCCUCCAACAUGGACCGCAGCUGCUCCAGCACUCCCGUGGGCAAUGAGAGUACAUCAGCAGGGAACACCAUCACUAUGCCAACUGCCUCGGGGGCCAAGAAGCGUUUCUGGAUUAUUGAGGACAUGUCCCCGUUUGGCAAGCGCCGCAAGACCGCGUCCUCACGCAAGAUGCUGGACGAAGGGAUGAUGCUGGAGGGCUUUCGGCGCUAUGACCUCUACGAGGACUGCAAGGACUCGAGCUGCCAGUUCUCUCUCAAGGUUACCCACUACCACUGCACACGGGAGAACUGUGGCUACAAGUUCUGCGGCCGUACCCACAUGUACAAGCACGCCCAGCACCACGACCGUGUUGACAACCUAGUAUUGGAUGAUUUCAAACGCUUCAAGUCUUCACUGAGCUGUAACUUCCCAGACUGUCAGUUCUCUGGCAAUAGCACACACUUCCACUGUCUGCGCUGCGGCUUCCGCUGCACCGACAGCACCAAGGUGACGGCGCACCGCAAGCACCACGGCAAGCAGGACGUGAUCAGCGCCGCCGGCUUCUGCCAGUUCAGCUCCAGCGUGGACUGCGAGGUGCCUGACUGCAAGUACAAACUCAAAUGCUCCCACUUCCACUGCACCUACCCCGGCUGCAAGCACACGGUGGUGGGCAUGUCUCAGAUGGACUCUCACAAGCGCAAACACGAGAAGCAGGAGCGAGGGGAGCUGCCUGCCAUCUCUCCCGGCCCCGAGGGCCUGGCCCACUCCACUCUCGAGUACGAUAUCCAGAACUCUUCCAUCAACCUGGACAGUUCGCUCAACCUCAGCACUGACAACAACAGCUCGCUGUUCUUCCUGCAGAACGCGGCCGGCGUGGGCCUCAAUGACUCGCUGGACCUCAGCAAGAAGCAGGCAGAGCCCAGCGAGGGCCCGGCCCCCAGCAGGGCCGGGGCCGCGGCCCCCGAGAGGAGCGCGGCGGCUCCGGGCGCCGGGGACGGGGAGGACGAGGACGACUCCUCCCAAGAGGAUGAGGAGGACGACGAGGAGGAGAUGAAUGAAGAGGAGGAGGAUGAUGAAGAGGAGGAUGACGACGAUGACGAUGAGGAGGAUGAGGAGGAGGAAGACCUGAACACAGAUUCUGAAGAAUCGCUGCCGGACCCUGAAGGCCUGGCCGCUAAAGAAGAUGGAGAGCCAGAGGAGGGUGCUUCUUCCACAGACCAUGGCGAUGCUUCCAGGCCUCAGGGCGAGCCAGCCCUCACUCCAGCCCCAGCUCCUGCCCCUGCUCCAGCCCCGGCUGCUGCCUCAGCCUCCACCGUUGCUCCAGCAGCUUCUCCUUAAUCCCAGAGACAGCAGCGGCAGUGGUUUGGUUUUUCCCUUACACAGAUUUUACUAAGAGGACCCCGUAUAAGGCAAGAACAAAGAUGGGGAUGGCAAAUGAAAAACGAACUCCGUGCCACAGAUGAGAGAGAGGAAGGAAGGAAACCCCUGCUCCUCCCCAGGCCCCAGAAGAGAUCAGUUGGCAGCAGGACUGGUGCUGCAUCACUCCAUUCUACAGAUCCUGGAACAAGGGGGCAGGAUGCAGCAAAAAAAUACCCUUUAUAUGGACACGAACCCUGAGGGUAGCCACUACUUUCCUUGCUCCCUGCACGGUGCGUGGGGCCUGUGCCCAUCUGGGGACCCUUUUUUAUGGGUGGGGCUCUAUCCCCCCA